AUGACGAGACGCCGAUACGAUGAAGACUACUACGUUGAGCGGAAACGAAGACACUCUUCUAGGCGACAUAACGACUACCCAUCCGGGGAGUCGGCCAGGAAGAAGAGUGGCGAAAAAGAAAAGAGAAGACACGAUUUCCACGGCGAAGAGGAACGAGUUAAAAGCAAUAGGAGAAGGGAAUUAAAGAGGGAUUCUGGGGAACCAGAGUACGACAAGCACAACAAGGACCACACGCACAAGCCCAAGAAAAAGAGAAAUCGAGAUUCAGAGGUGGAUAUUAUCGACGAAAAUCUUUUGCCUGGGGUGGUGAAGAAGAGACAUUGCACGGACAUCCUCUUCCUCUUCGUCUUUCUCGCCGGCAUUGCGGCUUCAGCCUUCGUCACCAUCGUCGCGUUUCAUAAAGGUGACCCUGCGCGCCUGUUGACAGGACGGGACUUUGACGGCGCGUUCUGCGGUAUGGAAGAUUUCAAAACGACCGACCAGCCUUUUAUUGGCUACACGCUCAACGUCAACCGGGUGCUCAAUUCGACAAGUGCAAGCGAGCUCGUGGAUUUACCCUUUACAGCUCUCGCGACAAUGACCAUCUUUAGCAAUCCUAAAAACAUCAUGGCCUACCUGCAGCCUGUCUGCGUCGCGUCGUGUUUUUCUGCCGACGACCUUUCGGCGUUCAGUGCAGGAAAAUACGAAAGAGCUCUCAAAUUCACUUACAAAGGCAAGAUAUUGGGAAGGUUCUGUGUCCCCGGUGUCAUGGGAGGAGACCAUACUACGUUCUUACCUUUCAGCGACUACGUUCCUCAGCGCCUUCUCGCGGGGUGGCAGCAGGCAGUCGACGAGCUGAACACUUCGUGGCCUGCAGUUGUCGCUUGUGCACUCGUUGCCUGCGUUGUGGGCUUUCUGUGGCUCAUCGCGCUGCGCCUUCUGGGUGGAGCAAUUGUCUACGUGGCCAUCGCUUUGUUUCUCGCGUCGUUCUUCGUCGCGGGAGGAGUGGGUAUGUGGUUUGUCCACGCCCAAGCUGUUCCGGCUGAGACUGUGCGCCCUGGGGAAGACCAAGGAGGCACUGUGAUGAAUUCGUUCUGGAUUGAGGUCACUCGCUACUCCAGCUACGCCGUCUUAGGUAUCGGUGGAGUGUUUGCCGUCCUCAUGGUGUUCCUUUCCCAGCGCAUUCGCGAAGGCGUCGCAGUCACAAAGGUGAGGUCAGCGAACCGGUACGAGUGA